AGGAGGCACGUGAGGCACGUGAGGUGGAGCAACAGCUCAAAGCGGGGAUGCAGGCAAUGCAGCAGAGGCAGAAGGUUAAGAAGGUUGUAUUCACUAUUCCUGAGGAGCCUACUGUUGAGCAGAAUUGUGGUAUUGAAGAUGGGGUAGCCAAAUCAGCUUCUGGCCGGCCUCAGCGAUUGCGCAUCACCCCCAAGCGAUAUGCCAACUCUAUAAUUACAAUAGAAUGAAAGAGCGACCCUAGUUGCCUCUC